AAAAAAAGUGACAAAUUGUCAAAUGGUCAAGGAUCCGCAUGAAUUGGAAUAGUAUAUAUAAGCAGUUUUCCCGAAUUAAAACUUUUAUGGAACUUUUCUCUGUUUAAAACUCGAUCUUAAGUGCUUUCCUUGUGCCAGUAGAGAGAGAGAGAGAAAAAAGAGAGGCCUUAAGUUACAGACACAAUCUUUAAUUCCUUAAUUUAGGAUUAAUUAUUUUAGAAGAAGGAAUCAAGAAGAUGAAGCUAUGGUUUUAUUUUAUCUAUUUCCUCUACUUAUUUCUAUAUGUUAGAGCAGAUGUGAUUAGUGAUGGAUUUAUCAAAACAAAAGGGGUGCAUUUUAUGCUAAAUGGUAGCCCAUUUUAUGCAAAUGGAUUUAAUGCUUAUUGGCUAAUGUAUAUUGGCUCUGGCCAAUCACAGAGAGACAAAGUUUCAUCUGCUCUUCAAGAUGCUGCAAGGCAUGGCCUCACUGUUGGAAGAACAUGGGCUUUUAGUGAUGGUGGAUAUUCACCUCUUCAGUACCAUCCUGGAUCCUACAAUGAAAACAUGUUUCAGGGUUUGGAUUUUGCCAUAUCUGAAGCUGAGAAAAAUGGGAUUAAGUUAAUCUUGAGCUUGGUUAACAACUAUAAUGACUUUGGAGGAAAGAAACAAUAUGUGGACUGGGCAAACACUCAGGGUCAGUCCUUAACAUCAGAGGAUGAUUUCUUCAAAAAUGCUGCUGUCAAAAGCUACUUCAAGAAUCAUAUUAAGGCAGUUCUAACAAGACGCAACAGCAUAAGUGGAGUUGAAUACAAGGAUGAUCCCACCAUAAUGGCUUGGGAGCUUAUGAAUGAGCCCCGAUGUCAAUCAGAUCCAUCAGGAAGCACUAUGCAGGCUUGGAUAACAGAAAUGGCUUCAUACGUCAAAUCCAUAGACAAUAAUCACCUAGUAGAAGCUGGACUAGAAGGAUUUUAUGGACAUUCAGAUGCUCAAAAGCAGCAAUUUAAUCCAAACUUUCAAGUUGGAACAGACUUCAUUGCAAAUAAUCAAAUUCCAGAGAUUGAUUUUGCAACUGUUCACUCAUACCCUGAUCAAUGGUUAACAGGUGCAGAUGACGAAGCCCAACUUAAUUUCCUUAACGAUUGGCUCAGAGUUCACAUUGAAGAUGCUCAAUCAAUUCUCAAAAAACCACUUAUAUUUGCUGAGUUUGGUAAAACAUACAAAACCCCUGGUUUUACACCAGAACAGAGAGACUUAGUCUUCAACACUGUUUAUUCCUACAUAUUUCGGUCAGCUAGAAGUGGAGGCGCGGCGGCAGGUGGAUUGUUCUGGCAACUUAUGGCUGAGGGAAUGGAUUCAUAUAGAGAUGGAUAUGAGAUUAUUUUUAGUGAGAGUCCCAAUGUUUCUGAUAUAAUCUUCCAGCAGUCCAAAAGGCUUAACAAGAUCAGAAAGAUGUAUGCAAGGCUGAGAAAUAUAGAGAAGUGGAAGAGAGCAAGGGACAAGAUUGAUCAUGGAAAUUGAAGAGAAGUAAUUGAUCUUAUCAAAAUGCUAACACUGAGGAAGAUUGGAGGGACUCUGAGAUUCUCCUAGAGAUGGAUAUCCAAGAAAUAGGUUUAUAGAGUUAAGUUAAUAGUUAAAAAUAGUUGGGUCAUGUUUUUGUAACAAACUGUUCGACAUGUUAUAUGUAAGAGAAAGUAUUCUAGUUCUU